CUCUAGGUUUUUGCAUCAGUCUUACUAAUUAUUUUAUUUCACUUUAUCAAAACUUUUUUUAUUAAUAAUAUUCAUAUUCAUUUUACAUUGAUCUGAACUUACCAGCUGGUAAUGCUAAGAUUACUUCUGUCAAGUGAGCUUUGAUGUUUAUAAAGUAUGGAGAAACUUGUGUGAUAUUAUUGGUCAAAUUUUAAAACCUGGAGAUAAACAAGCCAGUGGAUAUCUUUAAAAGUAAUAUUCAAAACAAGAAGCCAUGCUUCAAGAUAAAUCAAUCAAUUUGUAUUACACAGAGAGCAAUAUCACAGAGUACAUAGUACAGCAGCGUGUACAUUUUAUCCAUUGCAUGCAACUCUAAUAUAUAUUUUUUUCUUUUCUACUUAAGGUAAAGACUCAACAUGAAUGUCUCCAAUGGGACAGACAAUGGUGACAACACUGAAAAUAUUGUGAAGACCUGGGUUCAGCUUGUAGACUUUCUGAGCACUUCAUUUUUCAGCUGUCUUAUCAUAAAAACGAUACAAGCAGAAGCCGAAUUGAAGCAGCAAGUCAGAUACAUUCUUCUAAACCACCACCUUAUCUCUGUCACAUUCUAUUUUGGCACUGGGUUUAUAUUUCAUUGCUUUCGGAUUUUCAGAGCUGAUGUCCCCAGAAUUGUAUGUUGGAUGACCUUCUCCAUUCAUAUAACAUUUGCAAGAGGAAUUCUGCUGACUCUGACACUUAUGGCUGCUAACACAUAUCUGGCAGUUUGCUGGCCUUUAAGAUACAAGUCUUUUGUACACACAAUAAAAAGGAAAGCAUUAAUUAUGAUGUGGAUACUUGCCUUACUACAUCCACUGUGCUCCAUGAUUCAAUCAUGUACUGAGGUUCCAGUGAGCUACUUCACAGAGAGAGAUCUGACUUGCCCAAGUGUCCUUGAUUCCACUCUCUCCAAAUCCAUUGCCAUGCUCUUCAUUUUCCUGCUCUUAAUAGUAAUAGCACUCAGCUACUUCCUGAUCUACAGGGAGGGGAGACGAUCAGGACACUUUACCACAAUGAAUGUCAAAGGUAGAAGGACAAUCCUUAUUCAUGGGCUGCAAAUAAUCCUACAUAUUGUCCCUACUUUUAUCAUUUUGGCCGUCCCAAAAACGCUUCAAGCAUUCAGGGUAUUUAAUUUUAUUAUCUUUGCUGUUGCUCAGGGCAGUAGUCCUAUCAUUUAUGGCCUGAGAUGCAGGGAUAUUAAGAGCAGAUUGCCAAAGAUUCCUAUCAAAUGCUGUUCCUAGGAGAACUUAGAAAUACCAUAUUCAAAACAGUGGUGUGUACCUUCAGGAAUACUGAUGACUCUACUAUAGAAAAGUUUUAAAUGCAGAAUUAUACCAAUAAUGACAACUGAAAAUAGCCAAGAAAAAAUGUAAACUUUCAUGCUUAUGUUUUAAUGAUGAAGUGCAAGCAAUACAAAAAAAUUAUACUCUCAAUUUAAAAAGAAUGUUCCUUAAAAGAUUCAGAUUUCUGUAGUGGAGGUGCUUAUUUCUGG